GUUCCGGUUUUCAGUCGGCAAAGUUGUUCGGUCCAUGUUUACUAAGAAUCGUGUGCUUCUGGAGACUGAAGAUGGAAAUCAAGAGAUAUCUUAUUCUACUUCUUGUUGCAUCAUUGUUAUUUGUUGCAAGAGCUGAAGACGAUGAUGAAGAGGAAGAUGAGGAUGAAGAUGUUGACGAAGAAGGAGAUGGUGUCAUGGUGUUGACAAAAGACAACUUUGACGAUACCAUCGCAGCCAAUGAUAAUGUCCUGGUCGAGUUUUAUGCUCCCUGGUGUGGACAUUGUAAAUCACUAGCUCCUGAAUAUGCUGCUGCUGCCAAAAAACUGUCUACAAAUGAACCACCAGUCCUACUAACCAAGAUUGAUGCCACACAGGAAUCUGAACUGGCAGAGAGGUUUGAAAUUUCUGGAUAUCCAACUCUGAAGUUUUUUAAGAAAGGUGUUGUGAGUGACUAUGAGGGGCCAAGGGAGACCAGUGGUAUUGUUAAGUAUAUGGAGAAGAUGGCAGCACCCGACUGGGCGCCACCUCCAGAAGUUGUAGUGACAGUCACCACCGACACAUUCCAGGACUUUAUUGACAGUGCUGACCUUGUACUGUUAGAAUUCUAUGCUCCAUGGUGUGGACAUUGUAAAAAGCUAGCCCCAGAGUAUGAGAAAGCCGCCAAGCGACUGGCAAAUAUAGACGAGCCUAUCCCUCUAGGAAAGGUGGACGCUACUGUAGAAUCAGAACUGGGUACAAGGUUUGGUGUGACAGGCUACCCAACAUUGAAAAUGUUUAGGAAAGGCAGGGACUCAGAUUACAAUGGAGAAAGAGAUGUCUCAGGAAUUAUAAAUUACAUGAUAAAGCAACAGGGUGAAGCCUCCAAGCUCAAACACACGAGAAAGGAGGUCAAAUACUAUAUGCUGAAGGACCAGAUCACUAUUAUGGGCUUCUUUGACAACAUUAACGACCCACUUCUCAGAGUUUACAUGGACGCAGCUAAUGACUUGAGAGAAGAUUUCACAUUUGGACAUACUGUUUCUAAGGAUGUUCGUAGUCACUACAAGGUCAAUCCCAAGUCGGUGGUGGUCUUCAUUCCUGAGAGAUUCUACACCAAGUACGAACCCAAAUGGCAUAUUUUCAACAUGGAGGAAGGCGCGACUCCAGAAGAUGUUCAGAAGUUUAUUCAGGAUCAUAAACAUCCACUUGUCGGCCAGUAUGUCCCUGAUCAGGAGAAACACUACAAAUCUAGACGCCCACUUUGCCUGGUCUUCUACGCCGUGGACUGGAGCUUCGAUCACAGAGAUGCGACCCAGCUGUGGCGGAAUCGUGUUGCCCGUGUGGCUGCAAGCAACAAGGACAUCCUGUUUGCAGUAGCUGAUGAAGAAGAAAAUAAGCGACUCAUUUCCGAGUUCCGUCUGGAAGAAUCUGGGGAGGAACUAAACAUCGGCUGUUAUGAUAGCAAGAACCGUCGAUUCAAGUUAGACGACAUGGAUGAGUGGGACGAUGAUGAUGUAGAGGAGUUCCUCAACAAGUUCCGUGCAGGAAAAUUGACCCAGGUUAUCAAAUCACAGAAAGUGCCAAAGAAGCAGACUAGUCCAGUGGUGACAGUGGUAGGAAACUCCUUUAAGGACGUCGUCAUGGACACCACCAAGGACGUCCUUAUUGAACUGUACGCCCCCUGGUGUGGACACUGUAAAUCACUUGAACCCAAGUAUGCCGAGCUUGCCAAGCAUUUCAAAAACGAGAAGAAUCUUGUGAUUGCCAAAAUGGAUGCAACAGCAAAUGAAGCACCAGAGGCAUACCGUGUUGGUGGAUUCCCAACCAUCUACUGGGCUCCUGCUAACAAUAAGGAAAACCCUGUUCAGUACGACCGUCAACGCGAGGUCGAUGACUUUGAAAAGUUUAUCAAAGAAAAAGCCACAGUUUCAUUUGGAAAAAGUUUGAAGGAGGAACUUUAACAUCAUCAUAAGCCUUACAUUUUAAUUCAAAAGAGAGUGAAUUUGUAUUUUCAAAAAAACACCAAAAUUCAUCUAAUUAAAGCAAUUCCAAAUAUUGUAAAAGAAGACAGCUUUAUUAUGAGAUAUUAUGCAAAUCAUACUGACUUUCAAUAUAGAUAUUACUCUACAUUAAGAAAUGAGAUGAAGACCUAAAACUAAUGUAUUUAAAAUAGCAAUAUUUCUAGCUAUCUAUUACUGUAGAUUUAGACUGUUGCUUAAUUGGUGUUGGGAGACUUUCGUAUCUGAAUAUUCCAGAUAUUUAUAUAAAAACACUUUAAACUUCAUUGGAAAGGACAUUCAUAAUAGUUGUAUUUACAUGACAAGUGAACUUAGCUAUCCUGUGGUGGGUGAAGCCGUAAGUAGGGCUGUUGUCUGAAAGUGCUCUAUUAAUACAUUGAAUAUAUCUUGAUUUUUCCUUGUCUGUUCGAUGAUGAUGUGGGUAAGACUUUCAUUUUCUUGGUGUGAAGUUUGAAUGUUGAUAGAAAGACACUCAUUUCUCAGGAUGUGUGAUUUGGAUGUUGAUAAAUGUUUACCGUGUGCGUGUCUGUAUUUUGAAAGUUGAUAAUGUCCAUCAUGUUUCUCCUGUGUGUAGGGGUACCAUGUGUAUUUCUCCUGUGUGUAGGAGUACGGUGUGUAUUUUUCUGUGUGUAGGAGUAUGGUGUGUAUUUUUUCUGUGUGUAGGAGUACGGUGUGUAUUUUUUCUGUGUGUAGGAGUACGGUGUGUAUUUUUUCUGUGUGUAGGAUUAUGGUAUGUGUGUAGCAGAUAGAGAGUGUUAAGUGUCUUUUAUACUUGUAUUUUACAUUGUUGGUCAGAUAUUGAUGAAUUUGUUGAUAGUCACAAAUUGAUGUGAUUUAUUUGCCUGUUGUGACCGCUGGCUGUCCAUGAUACAGGGUGAAUUUUAUCAAAUUGUACAGCAUUAAAAACCUACGGAGAUAUUUCUGGAGGGUAAACUGAUGACUCAAUAAGUUCCCUCUCACAUUUAACAACAGACAAACUUCGUUAUUGUGAACUUCAAUAUAUAUCGAAGACCCUGCUUAAAUUGAAGCGAAAAUUCAGUCCCGAUAGUUAAAUUAUAUAUAAAAUAUUCUCCGUUACCUUGAAUACUCGGAAAAUCCUGAAAUUGUUCAUGACCCUACUGAAUUCAAGGUAACAAGGUUCAAUUGUAUUAUCGUUUCAUUCCCAUAUUAAAUGAAUCAUUAUAAGAGACAUUGAUAAUUACAACUUUCUAUGUGAAAUUGAACUCUUUGACAAAAAUUUGUCUCCUCACUUUUUCUUUCUGCAGAUUCCGAUCAUUAUUACAACUAACAGUACUUAUUUUUUACUAGCUUUACUUAUUCACAUGAUCUUCUACAUCAUUAAUAUUAAGUACCGGUAUGUGAAAAGUUUUUUUUCAUUUUACUGUAUCGAGAAAACUUUUCUCUUAAAUUAAAUUUGCGGUAUAUCCAUUACGAGGAACACUUUAUUUGAAUGACUGGUUAAUGGUCUAACAGAACAUAUCAGACAGGAUGUUGCCCUCUGCAAUAAUUUGAAGUAUUGUUUUAUUUUGUUAUAUGAAAAAUACUAAUUUACAGUAUUGGAUUUACAGUGUUAAGAUUGAUUUGGUAUAUGGUGUUACGUCAUGAAAUGUUAUAAAUAUUUGCUGAUAUGUUGAACAGCUGUUUAGUGUGUCCGAUACUGACUGUAGGACAGUGGUUUUUGUCUGGGUACUCCGGCUUUCCUCCACCUCCAAAACCAAGCACGUCCUUAAAUGACCAUGGCUGUUAAUAGGACAUUAAACGAAAUUAAAAAAAAAAAAAAACCUUCGUGUGCGUACAGAAUAAAAGAUGUAUUUACUCGAUCUUUUCCUACAGUGGUCACAUGGUAACAGUGCUUUAUAUUGAGAAAAACAUGAGGAACAUGUGAAUUUUAUUGAUUUUAGUUAAAUAUCAAGAUGGGUUUGUCAAAUUUGUAGUUUAUUGAAAACUUCCAAGUUACAACUAAAAAUAAAGCAAACAUAUUGAUUAUAUACAUCUGUAUAUUGGGAUGUCAUGUUUUUAGCUGUGUGAAGUUUUGAUAACAUAUUUUCAGUUUGAGGUGCUAUGCAAGAAAGGAAUAAAGCAGUUUCUAAGAA